CUGGGUUUCCUUCGCGGCAUCGAGAGGCACAAUCCAGACUCCAGCUAGCGAAAACGGGCGGGACACCGAACCUCUCCACCUAGGUUCUGCAGGCAAGGGGUGUAUUUCUCCGAGCAGUUAGCAAGACUCCAAGGUCGUCUUUUGGCAAUGGGAAAUCCAGAAAACAUAGAAGAUGCCUAUGUUGCGGUUAUCCGUCCAAAGAAUACGGCCAGUCUCAACUCUCGGGAAUAUAGAGCGAAGUCCUAUGAAAUUUUAUUGCAUGAAGUUCCCAUUGAAGGACAGAAAAGAAAGAGAAAGAAAGUUUUGCUGGAAACUAAACUACAAGACAACAGUGAAAUAGCACAAGACAUACUGGAUUAUGUAGUAGAAACUACCAAACCAAUUUCUCCUGUAAACCAGGGCAUCAGAGGAAAACGAGUAGUACUAAUGAAGAAAUUUCCUCUGGAUGGAGAGAAAGCAGGCAGAGAAGCAGCACUAUUUAUUGUUCCGUCAGUUGUCAAAGAUAAUACUAAAUAUUCAUAUACUCCCGGAUGCCCAAUUUUUUACUGCUUACAAGAUAUUAUGAGGGUUUGUAGUGAGUCUAGUACUCACUUUGCAACACUUACAGCAAGGAUGUUAAUAGCCUUGGAUAAGUGGCUAGAUGAACGUCAUGCGCAGUCUCACUUUAUUCCAGCUUUAUUCCGACCUUCUCCCCUUGAGCGGAUAAAGACAAAUGUUAUAAACCCUGCAUAUGCUGCUGAAUCAGGUCAGACAGAAAACUCACUGCAUAUGGGCUAUAGUGCACUAGAAAUAAAAAAUAAAAUGCUAGCCCUAGAAAAAGCAGACACCUGCAUUUACAACCCUUUGUUUGGAUCAGAGCUUCAGUACACAAACCGGGUAGAUAAAGUGGUAAUAAAUCCAUACUUCGGUUUAGGAGCUCCGGACUACUCAAAAAUCCAAAUUCCCAAGCAGGAAAAAUGGCAGCGAAGCAUGAGCAGUGUCAUGGAAGACAAAGAACGGCAAUGGGUUGAUGACUUUCCUUUGCAUCGAAAUGCCUGUGAAGGAGAUUCAGAAUUACUAAGCCAUCUUCUCAGUAAGGGAUUUUCAGUCAACCAACUGGAUAAUGACCACUGGGCACCCAUUCAUUAUGCAUGCUGGUAUGGGAAAAUUGAGGCCACUCGCAUAUUACUAGAGAAAGGAAAGUGCAACCCAAACCUUUUAAAUGGGCAGCUCAGCUCACCUCUUCACUUCGCUGCUGGAGGGGGACAUGCAGAAAUAGUGCAGAUCCUCCUAACCCACCCAGACAUUGACAGACACAUAACAGACCAACAAGGAAGAUCCCCAUUAAAUAUUUGUGAAGAAAACAAACAAAAUAACUGGGAAGAAGCUGCAAAAUUAUUGAAAGAAGCCAUAAACAAACCUUAUGAAAAAGUUCGAAUUUACAGAAUGGAUGGAUCCUACCGUUCUGUUGAACUAAAGCAUGGCAAUAAUACCACAGCGCAGCAGAUAAUGGAAGGAAUGCGACUCUCUCAAGAAACUCAGCAGUGUUUCACUAUUUGGAUCUGUUCAGAAAACCUUAGCCUUCAGUUCAAGCCUUAUCAUAAACCCUUACAACAAGUUCGUGACUGGCCAGAAAUACUUACUGAGUUGACUAAUUUGGAUCCACAAAGAGAAACACCACAGCUUUUUCUAAGAAGAGAUGUGGGACUUCCUUUAGAAGUUGAGAAAAAGAUUGAAGACCCACUAGCUAUUCUUAUUCUCUUUGAUGAAGCCAGAUACAAUUUACUGAAGGGAUUUUAUACAGCUCCUGAUGCUAAACUGAUAACACUGGCAAGUCUGCUGUUACAAAUAGUUUAUGGGAAUUAUGAGAGUAAGAAACACAAACAAGGUUUCUUAAACGAAGAAAAUUUGAAAUCUAUUGUACCUAUUACUAAACUGAAAAGUAAAGCGCCUCACUGGAUAAAUCGAAUACUCCAUGAGUACAAGAAUCUUAGCAUGAGUGAGGGUGUCAGUAAGGAAAUGCAUCACUUGCAGCGCAUGUUUCUACAGAACUGCUGGGAAAUCCCCACGUAUGGAGCAGCUUUUUUCACAGGACAGAUAUUUACAAAGGCAAGCCCAAGCAAUCAUAAAGUCAUCCCUGUGUAUGUAGGAGUGAAUAUAAAAGGACUGCAUCUCCUCAACAUGGAAACUAAGGCUUUACUCAUCAGUCUUAAGUAUUGUUGCUUUACAUGGCAACUGGGAGAUGCUGGGACUUGUUUUCAAAUCCAUAGUAUGGAGAAUAAGAUGAGCUUUAUAGUGCACACAAAACAGGCUGGACUCGUGGUAAAGCUGCUAAUGAAGUUAAAUGGACAACUAAUGCCCUCUGAGAGAAAUUCAUGAAACAAACAGCUGGUUCUCAAGCCACCAUAUUUUGUAAUGCAGAGUUUUUUUACAUGAAAGAUUUCUUAAACUGUGACUUAACACAGACGUGUAGUCUCUUGUAGUAUACAUGUAUAUGUUGUUAUAUAUGCUGUACAGAAUCUGUACUCAUGCUUGUGUAAUAUACCACUGUUUUGUAUGAUAUGCUCAUAGACUCUUGAUUUUUGAGAGAAACACAUAAAAAGAGAGAUAGACGGUCUGUAUUAUAUUAGACAAAAUAGUAAGCUUUAUAAAAAGUUAUUUUUGGUAAAUAGUAAAGAAUUUAGUGUAGAAUGUGAUGAAAUUAAAAUAUAGCUUUGAUAUAAUUUUGUGUGUCACUUCAGAAUAUACUAAAAAUCAACAUGAUUUGGAUAAACAUGUAUUUUGUACUCAGAUCUCUUACUUAAAACAUUUCUUCUGUAGUCUAUAAACAUGCCCCAAGGUGUUUUUAAACUUUCAGUAAAGAUAUAUGUAUCACAAGAUAGCUUUCCUUGAAGGUGUUGUGGCAUCAGUUUUGGGUGUUUUAACAGUGAUGAUUCCAGACAAUGGACUGGGAAUAAAUAAAUUUAAAUUUUAAAUCUCAGAUUUAAUAAGGACUUUAUAUUGAUAAAUUAGACCACUGGUUGCCAUGCAGACACACAUAUAUACACGUAUGCAGUGUAACAAUUUCUAGAUGUCAGUAGUUGAACCUGUUAAAUGUAUGCUGUAUUUUUGUGUAUUGAUUUAAUACUCAUUUGUAUUGCCUUUGCAUUAUAGGAGGCCGUACCACAUGUUUGAUUGUUUUAUUUAGUGGAGCAUUAGUGUCACAAAUGAGCAGUAGACCUGGCUAAUGUACUCUUUAAUGUGCUCUGUAUUGUAGUCUUCCUGACCCAGUAGAGCAGUGUAUUCCAGUUUCAGAGAUGUAUAAAGUUGUCAUAAAGUUGUCCUACAAGUUGCAGAUAAUUUUGGUAUGUCAUUUUCUACUCUUCAUGUUAACUCUUUAUUCUAAAUGAUACUGUGUGUAAACCUUAUUAAAAUUAAUAAGGUUCAUAAGAAA